UGUCACAUGAUGUUCACGUGAUUCUGGUUCCUGCCUAUCAUGGCGGCAGUCUCGGUCUUUCAGAGGGUAAGGACUGGAUCAAAAUUAAGGGACCAGUAUGACCAAGAAGGCAAUAUUAUUCAGGUUGAAACCCGUGAAGAUGAAGAGCAGAAUGUUAAAUUGGCGGAAAUUCUGGAGCUCCUGUUGGCAGCAGGAUAUUUCAGGGCUAGAAUCAAAGGCCUAUCAUCUUUUGAUAAGGUUGUUGGUGGAAUGACGUGGUGCAUUACCACUUGCAAUUUUGAUAUAGAUGUUGAUUUGCUUUUUCAAGAAAACUCAACAAUUGGUCAAAAAAUAGCACUGACUGAAAAAAUUGUGUCUGUGUUGCCAAAAAUGAAAUGCCCUCACCGCCUGGAGCCUCAUCAGAUACAGGGCCUAGACUUUAUUCACAUUUUUCCUGUUGUUCAAUGGCUAGUGAAACGUGCAAUUGAAACAAGAGAAGAAAUGGGAGAUUACAUCAGGGCGUACUCCAUUUCGCAGUUCCAGAAAAGUCACAGUAUACCGGAGGAUGAUGAUUUCAAGUUGAGUAAAGAAAAGGCAAUUAAAACUGUUCUAAAUGUUUCUGAGGUUUAUAAACCUCAGAGAAAGUACAAAAGGCAGACCGGUGCUGAAGAACUAACUGAUGAGGAAUCAAGAGUCCACUCAACAUUACUGGAAUAUGGAAGGAUGUUCCUGUCAUUACGGUAUGGAUUUAGCAAACAAGCGAAACAAGACAAGACUGAAGAAAAAAAAGUAUCUCUAACACCUGGGUUACCUUCUGGUAUGUCAGAAGUGUCAGAAGAAGAGGAUCUGCAAGCUGCUGAAGAGCUCCGCAUUAAAACAUUGAUGACUGGAAUGGCUGUCAUGGCAAACGAAGAGGGAAGACUGACUGCCAGUACCGUUGGUCAAAUUGUAGGUCUUCAGUCACAUGAGAUUAAACAGAUUGUUUCUGAAUAUGCUGAAAAGCAAACAGAACUUGCUGCCGAAGACAGACCCGAGUGGUUUGGAUCUGCCCAACAGCAUCGCAGACAAAUGGCAUCCCUGAACAAACAAAUUCUGCAAAAAACCAAGCAGUUGGAGGAACUUCAAGCUAAAAAAUUUGAGAUUCAGACAGGGUAUGAGGAGGCAAAGAGUAAACUCGCUGAGGCUGUAAACUUUGCAGAGCAGUUAAACAAAGACCUUGCAGCCUUAGAAGAACUGGAAAGCCAAGCUGAUUCAAGCAUCUUACUGAAGCUUAGAUCACUGGUUGCAAUGAAUGAAAGCCUGAAGAAUCAGGAACACGAAUUCCGUACACAUUGUAGGGAGGAAAUGACACGGUUACAACAAAGUAUUGAAAAUUUGAAAAUCGAAUCUGGUGACAACGAUGGUGAAGAAAAGGAGCGUAAUGAGCUGAUAGACAAACAGUACAAUGCAGACCGAGAGAAACUCCAGAAGAUACGUCUCUUACUGGCAAGAAGAAAUAGAGAAAUUGCUAUCCUACAAAGAAAAAUUGACGAGGUUCCUAGCAGGGCAGAAUUGACCCAAUAUCAGAAGCGAUUUAUUGAACUGUACGGACAAGUGGCAGCCACACACAAAGAAACAAAACAGUUCUUUACACUUUAUAAUACCUUGGAUGACAAGAAAGUGUUUCUGGAAAAAGAGGUUAAUUUACUGAACUCCAUACAUGACAACUUUCAACAAGCUAUGGCGUCCUCUGGAGCCCGAGAGCAGUUCCUCCGUCAGAUGGAGCAGAUUGUGGAAGGAAUUAAACAAAACCGAAUAAAAAUGGAGAAGAAGAAGCAGGAAAACAAGAUGAGGAGAGAUCAGUUAAACGACGAGUACCUGGAACUACUGGAGAAGCAAAGAUUGUAUUUCAAAACCGUUAAAGACUUUAAAGAGGAGUGCCGGAAAAAUGAAAUGCUGCUGUCAAAGUUAAGAGCCAAAGGCGCAUCCUAGACAGUUAGCUGAAGUAGCAGUUUGUCCCGUUAUGAUCACCAAUGCUGCCGCAGUAUUACACACAAGAGUCACUUUGGGGCUCCU